GCAGGAAAAGUAAUCGAUGGUCGCUGGAAUUCUGGUUUCUGCACAUUGAGUGUGUCUGAUAGGCAACUCCUGUGCUGGGAUUUUAUAUUAUAACCGAAAUCAUAUAGAUAAAACGCUGGGAUUCUGUUGAUGAAUAUGGCUCAUGAAAAUAAUUUCAAUGAUUGCAAGAGACCCAAUAAUGAUUAUGUAAAUGAAAGAAAACAGAAGAAAAAGCGCGUGGAGUCAGUAUCCAGACAGAAAAUCAACGGUGCAGAGCUGCAAAGACUGAAGAAAACACCGAGAUUAUCGCCUGCAUUAUUCUGGGAUGAUUGUGAAAUCCAGCACAAACAGAUUCACGAACUCUUGAAAUAUGCUGCUCUGGGAAAAGCACACAAUGCACCUCAGCCGAGCUGGUGUCAUAUUCAUCAUCAAAAACGCGUCCGCAACAUAGCUGUCAUUAUUUUACAGAACCUCAGCCAACUCCACUUUUAUAAGUUCUAUUUGCACUUUCGCUGUAUAAGGAGACUUUUUAAACACAGAUUCCGCUUACCUCCUCAAUCUUCUAAUUUUAUUGCGUCUUUGGUUGGAGUAGAUCAGCAUGACCUCACUAACAGAAAGACAAAGAACCCAGAUAAUCACUGUAAAAGCUCACUAGUUUUGGACUAUUUAGAUCUGCCAGGAAUCAAUACUAUGAUAGCCUACAAAGAAUUUUUGUUACACCCUACAAUCCGGAAAUACGGAGAGAAAAAGCAAGGCCUCACAAGGUAUCUGCUUUCUACAGAGGAGCUAAGGAAAAAUGAUUACCCGGUAUUAGGCUCUUCUGAUAUCACCCACUUUGUGCAUUCUGGCUGCACGGGGGAGGUUACUGACAGCAGCCCUCUGUUUGGGUUGGACUGUGAAAUGUGUUUGACGACGCGUGGGAGCGAGUUAACACGAAUCUCGUUGGUGGCUGCUAACGGUCAAUGUAUCAUGGAUGAACUGGUAAAGCCGGAUCAUGAAAUUCUGAACUAUAUGACUAGGUUCUCUGGAAUUACAAGGAAAAUGCUUCUCCCGGUGACAACUAAACUAAAAGAUAUUCAGGAAAAAGUGAAAACUCUCCUUCCUUCCAAUGCAGUUUUGGUGGGACAUUCGUUAGAUAAUGACCUCAGGGCGUUACAAAUGAUUCAUACAAAUGUUAUUGAUACAGCGCUCCUUUACGCCGGGGAACAGGGCAGAAAAUACAGACUGAAAUUCUUGGCUCAAGCAGUUCUUGGGAGGGAGAUCCAGCGUGAAGAAGUCGUUGGUCACAAUCCAUUUGAAGAUGCAAAGGCAGCAUUGGACUUGGCUCAGUAUUUUAUUCAGCAGGGGCCUGGGAAGGUUGCAGAACUUAACGUUGGGAAAAUCCUCAGAAAUAUAAAUAAUCCAAAUGGGUCACUGGCAGCACAAGAGGCCACAUCAGUUUUACAGCACAAUGGGUUCAUUCAUCCACUGAACACAGUCACAAGGAAUGCUGAUUUACCCGCAACAGAACCCAGUUUUGUAGAAUCGCUGCAUUCAUCUGGCAGGAAAAUCACUUAUGUGACUGAAGUAGAUGACCGAAAUAACGUAGCCCCGUCAUUUGAGCAUAUUCUGUGCACUUCAGACGAAGAGGUGCUUGAGAGGGCUUGUAAUUUAAUUCCUGUGUCUCCAAUCAGUGUUGUUGAGUUCUGUACCAGGAAGAUAAAUAGUGAAAACAAUGAUGUUCUGGAAGCCAAGGUGAAAUCCAAGUUUGCAGAGAUGAUGACGGUGUUUGCUGGACCAUUUAGGAAAGACUUUUGCUUAAAAUCAAUAAAGAGGGAAUUUCAGAGCUGUGGCCCGAUCCAUUCCCUUAGCAUUCUAUCAGAGACAUACCAGCCCUUUAUCUGUAUCAAGUACUGUGUCCUGGAAGCUGCAAAAUUGGCGCUGGAGAGCCUUAAUGAAACAAACGUGGAUGGGUGCUGGAUUAAGGUUCAGAGCCUGCUCAACUGUAAGACACUUGAUUGUGAGUACUUGAUAAGUGAGUUGGAAGAAGACCAGGAGAACAAAGAUGUUAUUUAUGUGUCUGGGUUUAGGAAACCCUUGACAGAGGAAUUUCUCCAGCAACAAUUCAGUCAUCUUCGAGACAUCAAAGCUAUUUUGCUACCCUCAAAUGAAGCCGGUAAAAAACCUGCAAGACACUGCUUUUUAAAAUUUCAGAGCUCGCAGAGUGCCGUACUGGCUGCAGACUAUAUCAGGGCACAGGGUGGGUUACGGUGUCGGAAAGCCCUCACUGCCAGCCACUUGCACAGGUGGAUACAGGAGUGUGUGAAUUCUGCACCUGUAGAGACACCGCAUAAUGAAGAUAUCCCACCCAAGGAACAAGAUCUGGCAGUUCUUAUACAAAAUGUGGACAGGAAAAUAAGCCGGCUUUAUAAAUGCCUUAAAGGAAACAGCCUGUGCCUUGUCCUUUUCCCCGGUGCAAACAGCUCAAAUGGAAAACUUCCAGGCUUUGGUUUCAUGGGAAUAAAAGGAUCUUGAUCAACAA